AUGGUCGACUGGGUUACCCUCGUCGUACCGUUCGCGUACCUAAGCGUUCUAAUUGGCUCCCUUGCAACAUUCUCCUCGUUAUACCGCAAACGCAAAGCCAGAAAUGCCACAUCCUUAGAACCAUGGUUCCCGCCACACCUCCAGCGGGACAUAUACUUCUCCCUCCUACACCUUGAACCCUCCGCCUCCGCAUCAAAAGAGAAGGAGAAGGAAAAGAAGAUCCCUGAAUCAGUCCUCAAGGCGGCGCUCCUCCGCCGCGCAUGCGAAGACAUUAAGCGCGUCAUGGCUCUCCGUAGUCAGAAGCAGGCUCUUUCUAUGUUGCUCCAGCGCGGAAGCGUGGGCGAUGAUCUGUGGCAGAGGUUUUUGCGCGCGGAGAAAGAAAUGGAGGAUGAAGUCAGGGAUGUUGUCAAUGAGGCAAAUGCAUACUCGCCCAACUGGGGCCAAACAAUCUUCCAGUCCGCGAACGAGAUGGUUAAUAACGCGAUUGUGCGGGAACGGUUAGAGAAGCACCAAAAUAAGCUGGAUGAGGAGAAGGCUUGGUGGGGGAAGAGAAAGGCUACUAUCCAGGAGGGAUUCAUGAAGGAGUUGGAUGCUGAGAAGCGUGUUACUGCCUCUGCUACUACUACUACUGCUGCGGCUGCGGCUACGGAUGUUGUUGAGGAGAAAAAGACUGCUGCAUCUGCUGCGGCACCACCGGCUCCGACUGUUACAGAGAGUGAUGAAGAUGCGGUUCUCGUGGAGGCUGAUGACCAGGCAGGAGCGACAGCGCAGAGGAGUCCUGGGGGUGGGGGUUCCGGUGGGGGGAAGAAGAAGAAGAAGGGCAAGAAAUGA